AUGGCCGCGGUGACGGCCACCAGGGACGGCCUGGACCUGAGCGAGGAGUGGCAGGACGAGGACUUCCCCGGGCCCCUGCCGGAGGGGUGUCCGGGGGCCGGGUGUGCCCCGCGGCGCAUGCGGAGGCGGCUGCCGGCACUGGAGCGGACCGAGAGUGCCGAGCGCUCGCCCGACGCCAGCAUCGACCUCGACCUGGACGCGCUGGAGACUCCCUCGGGCAGCGACAGCUUUGAGUGGGACGAGGAGCUGCCGCACACCUGGGGCUUCGCCGAGGGGGCUGGCAGCCGGCGGGUGCCGGACACGGAGGACGAGCGGCCGGAGGAGAGCGUGGAUCUGAGCGCGGUGGAGCCCUACAGCCGGGUCCUCUCCCACGGGGGGUACCACGGCGAGGGCUUCGGCGCCAUCCUGCUCUUCGCCGCCUGCCACCUCCCGGAUAGCAGCAUCCCCCAGUACGGCUACGUGAUGGAGAACCUGCUCAGGUACAUCGUGGGCACCCUGGAGAGGACGGUGGCUGACCGCUACGUCCUGGUGUGCCUGAGCGGGGCGGCAGCACGGGGGCAGAUCCCCUCCUUUGGCUGGAUGAAACGGUGCUACCGGGCUAUGGAUCGGCGGCUCCGGAAGAGCCUCCAGGCUGUGAUCAUCGUCCACCCCACCUGGUACAUCAAGGCGCUCGUGACGCUUUCCCAGCCCUUUCUCAGCCCGACCUUCAGCGGCAAGGUCCGGUUCGCCGCCAGCCUGCGAGAGCUCUCCCGGCUCGUCCCCUUGGAGCCGGCGCGCGUCCCCGAGCCCGUCCGGCGGUGA